AUGACCAACAUCAUCAACAUCAUCGUCUUCUCCAAGAUUGGGUUCUCAGAAAGUUCCACCGUGGUUCUUUUUGGGCUCGUACUCUCCGAUCUAGGAUUUCUAUUCCUAAGCUGCGUUUCCCAAACUCUUGAUAUUUUGGACUCGGCUGUUGGCCUUCGACCUUUGGAACCGUUCAAGCAAUUUGCAUAUCAAGUUCUAUGGUGGUACAACAUGUUCUAUGACGUCACGAUUCUCCUAACCGUAUUUAAUGCCGUGCAGAAGUGCGCAUGCGUGGCCAUCCCCCUGACUUUUAAAAGUAUUUUUACAACUUCUCGGUCGAUUAAAGUUACAGUUGUCAUCUAUAGUGCUGCUGUUAUUUACUACGUGCCAAUUUUUGCUAGCCCGGGAACAUGGACCCGGUUCGAUUACUCCCGCAACUGGACACGGCUAUAUAAUUAUUAUUACCCCCAGAAUAAAUUAGCAUUCACUGUUGUGCAUAUAUUCAGCCGAAUCAUUCUCCCUUUGGUGUCUCAAGUCAUUGUCAUCUUCUGUAUGAUUGUGCUGAUAUACAAACUCAGAGAAGCUCAAAGAAAUAGACGCAGUAUGGGGUCUGGAACCGAACUCCCAGCCAACACGUACAACCGGAUAUCUCAGCAAAGUCACAAAAAUACCGCAAGAGAAAUUCGAGCGAUCCAAACAGUGACGCUUGUGUCGGCCAUUUUUGUUGUGUGCAACAUGCCAGAUAUUCUGAUCACAUUUACCAACAAAUUUUACCCCGCGUUUGGUGACGCCAUGAAAUAUGAAGGAGCCUUCAAGAUGUGUAGCGCUAUUCAAGAUGUGUUCGCGGUCAUCAAUUCGGCCGUGAAUAUUUUCGUGUAUUUGAAGUAUAAUUCGAAAUAUCGUCGAAAGUUUACGGAGAUUAGGCAGAAAGCCUGUCGUUUUCCUAAGAGGCUUAGCACUUAA